AAACGACAACAACAAAAUCAAAAUAAAUAUAUUUAAAAUAAAAGACAAACGUAUGCUCCGAAAAUUAUUUUAACACGAUUUGAUGAUACACAUCAACUGUGAGGCGGCACUUCAUUAAACAUCAAAGCGAGUUGCGUUAAACCGCAAAACGUGCAACAGCAACACCACAGCGACAGCACCACAAAUAACAGCAGCAGCAGCAGCAGCAGCGGCAGCAGCAACAGCUACAGCAGCAAUCGAAAAAAUGUUGGCAAUGCCCACACUAAUGAUGCCAGCAACAGCACAGAUGACGCUCAGCAGUCAGCCGCUGUCGGUCGGGGCCAAGCCGUACGAGACGAAGCUGCUGGCCAUACACCAGACGCAUCUGCAGCAGCAGCAGCAGCAGGCUACGGCACAGCAGCAGCAGCAGCAGCAGCAGGCCCAGCACCAGGUCAAUGUUAAGCAGCAGCAAUCGUCUCAGCAAAUGUCCAUUGUUACGACUCAGCAGCAGCAGCAUCCGCAGUCCCAGUCGCCGCAUCAGCAGCAGUCGCAGCAGCAGGCAGUCGCAGCAGCAGCAGCAGCUGCCGCCGCAGCCGCUCAUCAUCAGCAGCAGCAGCAAGCAGCCGUGGCCGCUGCCGUCUGUGCCGCCCAGCAGCAGGCGGUGGCCGUGCAACAGCAGCAGCAGCAGCAACAACAACAGCAGCAGCAACAGCAGCAACAACAACAGCAGCAGCAACAGCAGCAAUACCAAAUUCACUCGCAGCAACAGUCGCCGCAGCAGGUGCUUAGCGUAUCGCCCAAGCAGGAACAAUUCCACAUCUUUGUGGGGGACUUGAGCUCAGAAAUUGAAACUCAGCAAUUGCGCGAAGCAUUCACACCAUUCGGCGAAAUCUCCGACUGCCGCGUGGUGCGCGAUCCACAAACCUUGAAGUCGAAGGGCUAUGGAUUUGUGUCCUUCAUCAAGAAAUCGGAAGCUGAGAGCGCCAUUACGGCCAUGAAUGGGCAGUGGCUGGGCUCGCGCUCGAUUCGCACGAAUUGGGCCACACGGAAACCGCCGGCAAGUAAAGAGAACAUCAAGCCGUUAACUUUCGACGAGGUCUACAACCAGAGCAGUCCCUCCAAUUGCACCGUUUAUGUGGGCGGCGUCAAUAGCGCCCUUACCGCACUCAGCGAGGAGGUGCUGCAGAAGACAUUCGCGCCCUACGGCGCGAUACAGGAAAUACGCGUCUUCAAGGACAAGGGCUACGCAUUUGUGCGCUUCUCCACCAAGGAGGCAGCCACCCAUGCCAUCGUCGGCGUGCACAACACCGAGAUCAAUGCCCAGCCCGUGAAGUGCUCCUGGGGCAAGGAGAGCGGCGACCCCAAUAACUCGCAGACCAUGGCCAGCCAGGCAUUGAACAGCGCCGCUGCCGCUGCCGCCGGCUUCCCAUACGGCGUGAGCGCCGCUGCUGCCGCCGCCGCCGCCUAUGGGCAGCAGCUGGCCGCCACUGGAUGCUGGUACUCGCCGACGCCUACCUAUCCGGCCUCGUCGGUGACCGCAGCCGCUGCAACACCAGCUGCAGCGGCGGCCAACGCUGCGGCCGUUCAGAACCAGUUCCUGCAGGGCAUCCAGGGCUACCAUUUCAGCCAGUACGGAGGCUAUCAGCAGGGCUACAUGGGAAUGGGCGUACAGAUACCAGCCACUUGGCAAGGCGUCACCCAGGCCCAGAUCUCGCCGGCCCAGCAGCUGGCAACGGGCGUUGCGGGCACUGCAAUACCACAGGCCGCCGGCGUGGUGGCCUAUCCCAUACAGCAGUUCCAAGUGAGCCCCCAGUUGCCAGAAGAUGAAUGGUUAGCUGCAAAUUUAUUGUGUUAGAAACAAAGAAACAAAGAAAGCCCAGAAAUCCGAAUUACGAAUUAUGUAAAGCUAAUUACAGAUGACACCCAUGUGUUCCACAGGUCUUUACAAUUUCACAUUUGCCAUACAUCAAUUAGACGAGAUUACCUGCACGCCCGCUUCCCCCCUUUGCCGAGGCUCAGCUCGAGUCGAUUCUCAUGCCAAAGGCAGCGACUGUAGGCGCCAAUUGGUUGUGGUUCGAUUCAAGUACUGCAAUAUUUGGGGGCCUUGCCAAAUCGGGGAAUGCUAGUUGGAAGAGGCUUGUGAAAUGUGUGGGCGGACGGGGGGAGGAGGAGUUAGAUUAGCUGACACUGUGGCAGACGCCCGAUAAACACAAACACAUGCAUAUACUCAUACUUAUAUAGACGUACGUUCAAUGAAUACAAUCAAAAUAUGCCAUCGAAUGAUAUUAAUUGAUAUUAGCCAUAAUAAAUGCAAAUUCGCAAUAUAAAUACGUAUAUAUAGCAAUUAAAUGAGCGCAUUAACAAUUCGCUACACCGAAAACAAGCCCAAACUCAAACCCCAAACCCCAAACCAAACCCCAAACUGAAAUGAAAAUAUUAUAAUGCAUAUUCCGAAGAUCCUGUUUCAUUUACGCAUGUCCGAACAUGCGCCAAGCACAGCAGCAAAAGCAAUUAAUUCAAGCCAGCGAGACAGGAAGGGUGCAUUCAGUACACACACACACGCACACACACACUCAGACACAAACUCGGGCAUAAUUGAAUAACUGAAUCAUACUCGCAUGAGCAUGAGUAUGCCCAUUAAGUACAUAUACAUACAUAUAUACCAUAUAGUAUAAGACUAGCUGAGCCAUCACACAUAGGGCUCUAGGUGCUGCUCGAUGAUUAUAGUUCAAACAGCCACGCCUCCGACUGGCCGCCCCUGAGAGGAAUAUAUACAUACAUAUAUAGAAAGCGUAGUUCAGUAAAGGUCAAAAAUAGUUAGUCGUAACACACACACGGACAGACAGAUACACAUACAUACAUACACUUGCAACGGCUUAUGUAAUAAGUGGAAAAAAUAUGCUUAUUUAACAUGUAUAUGGUUACAUA